AUGGCGAACGAUCCGGCAUCAUGCAUCCGACGGACUGAUUCGACACGUCAAAAGUGUCUGGCCUGUGUCCAGGGAAAACAGACCAAGGGAGCCCAGUCGAAGAGAGAUACAGGCGCGAAUUCGCCAAUCGACGCGAUCGGGGGAGUCAUUUGUUCGGAUUUUGAGGGUCCCAUGACCCCCCGAGAUCGUUUGGGAAAUUGGUACAUGGUCAACUUCAUCGACCACCGUUCGAGUUACUGUCGAAUUUUUUUGGCCAAGUCGAAGGAUGCAGCCGCGUCAAAGUUCAAGCUCUUCAUGGCAAACUUCGAGCGCGAGUUCAAUUGCAAGUUUCAUGUCUUACGCACCGAUGGAUGUGGCGAAUACAAGACACCCGAUAUUUUCUGCUCUUCGAAAGGCGUCUUGCGUCAAGUAAGCGAGGCGAAAAACCAAGCAAGCAACGGCAAGACUGAACGGGUGCACCGCACCGUCAUGAACAUGGUGCGGAGUAUGAUCUUUGCAUCAAACCUGCUGCUCUCAUUUUGGGGUGAUGCUGCAGAGUACGCCUCGUACAUACUGAAUUGA